AUGGCUAGGCGUUCAAUGGCUAAAAAUAGGGCACCGGCUCCUCCUCGAACUGGAAAACGUGUUGAUACCGAGGCAUCUGCUGGCUCGCAGACUCAAAUCGAUUCUGCGUUCGAGUCGGGGACCAGUGUAUCUUCUUAUAUCGGCGCCGACGGACAACUUAUUACGCCAGCAACGCACAAGGAUGGUAGAGAUCGAUUGAUUUCGGCGAAGAAACGCAGGAGACAGGCAAACCAGGUUCGGAAUCGCCAACCGUUUUGGGCUGCGCUUGCAAGCACGAAGGUGACGGUUAUGCGGGAGUACGAACAUUCCAGGGCCCUAUCAAAAACUGCUCGAGGCCUCACUAUGACCGAGGAGGAUCUUCAGGGUGUUUCUUUAGAUGAUGGCCUUGUUUGGAUUACCGAUGUUGAUAGCUCCUCUAUUAAGUUUGCGGCCGGCGAUCUCGUCUCAGAGGAUGCUGGGGUUUCCGGUUCUUGCGAAUCUGGGCGGUUGGGCGAAGACAUGGAGCCUUUUUAUGUUUGCGUCAACGGCGCACUCUGGGCGACAGUCACGAUUUGCAAAGUUCAGGAUGUAGCCAAAGGUUCAAGUGUAGUACAUUGGCGUGGUGAGAUAUCUGGCCUCGCACCCAAUUGUGCCUACACUUGCUCUUUUUUGCGAAGUGACACGGAAGAAGAGAUCUGCGUCAUGAGUGUGAAGACACCGAUCGCAAAUGACGCAGAACAAGUAGUUUCCUCGGUAUCUACUCCGCCGCAGCCAUCCUAUCGACCAUCGUCCCCAACAACCACGCUGAAAAAUUCCAUCGUCAACGCGGAACUGAAACUCAAUGAGAAGCGCACACGGUUGAGAAAGGCCAAGAACGAUCAUAAACUUGUCGUUUCAAAGAUUAGGAAAGAGUUGGACAAUUAUAACCAUCGUCUCCACAGUGGCACAGAUGAAAAUCGGCAGAAACAGCGCUCUUUGCAAUUGGAACGGAACAUAAAGCAAACGGAAGAAGCUACCGCUGUUUUGGAGGUCCAGUUAGAUAAUUUGGAGAACAUUCCAGAGGAGGAACUUGAAGAAUGGUCGGCAGAGAAAGCAAAGUACGAACAUGAACUUGAGCUCUUUAAUUCAGCCAAGGAAGAUGUUGCUACUGCUCGAUCGGCUGCUGCUCGUGAGGUGUCACAGCUGGAGUCCGAUUUGACCUCUACGAUUCAGAGACGGGAACGUCUUCAAGGUCGCCGUACUAGGGUUAAUGAGCAGUAUGAGCGUAUCAUCUCUGCUAACGCACAGGGACUCAACGAGAGAGAGCGUCGCGCCGCCGAACAGUUUGCUAGAGAGCAAGACCAGGCCAAAGUCGAAGCGAAUUUCAAUGAACAGUUUGCCAGCAUUAGCCAGUCGGUCCAGGAGUAUCAGUUGCGGACCAACCAACUUUGGCAACAGUGUGUGGCUAUCGAGCAAGCUCUCCAGCAGCAGCAGCAACAACAGAUCCUCUUGGACUCGGCCCCGCUCACUCCCGAGGGCAAUCUACCUGGUACCAACACCCUCAGCGAGGCACCCACCCUGUCCCUAGGCGCUUUGACGACGAGCGCGUCCAGCAACCGAUCAUUGCUUGGACUUAGCUUCCCGCCUUUGAAGUCCAGCCCUCUGCAGCAUGCUUCGUCUCCCAUUGGUCCCACGUCAUCCCGCCCGACUAGUCCAACGCAGGCGCCGUCGUACUUGCAGCACUUUCCGGCCUCGCCGCUCAUCAACACCGCUUCCCCCUUCGAAUCGGACUUUAUUCACCGUGACCGGUCUUUCUCCAAUCGAUCGGGCCACAGCAGUCUAUAUGGUUCUGAUUUCUUCGAUUCGGGCCGUCGCCCCCCCUUCCAGUUUGAUCUGUCUGAGAAGGUUGUCGAUAAGAGAAGGAGUUCCGGUUCCGAGAGCAAUGCUCCCAACUUGGGUCUGAGACCAAUCUGUAGUCCGUUCCCGAGGGCAGGCAGCCGUGCAAGUGGAAGCGGAAGUGGUGGAAGUGGUAGCGGCAGUGGUAGUCCCAGCUCUGCAACUGGAAAAGGCAAUUAG